UAACUCUCCCUAAAAGGUAUUCUUCAGUAAAAAGUGCCGGCGGCGAAAUAAACGGACAAUUUGUCGAGUAAAUGGCAACCAAUCAACACGAGAGAGAGAGAGAGAGAGAGAGAGAGAUGCGUGGGAGAGUUUGUGUUGUGUUAGCUUUGAUUUGUGUCAGUCAAUUUUUAAAUGAUAAUUAAUGUAAUAUAAAUCAGGCGAGCAUUUUGUCUUCAUCAAUACACCUGGUCGGUCUUAGUUUGCGUCUCUCAACUUCCAGGUGGUAAUUAUUUCCUGAACAGGAUAGUAUCGUAUCGUUUCAUUCCUCCACAAAAAAAAAAAAAAAAAAAGUGGAUUAAAAUCCUCUUCAUCUCCUGCUAUUACCAUGGUGUGUGUGUAUAUAUAUAACUGAUAGAAAGCUUGUAAUCUCAUUUCAUCCACAAUUCCAUUGUCACGAGAAAAAGAAAUGGUGUCUCGCCCCUCCCCCCCUCGUCUUCUUCACUCUAUCUCCUUGUUGCUACUUCUUCUUCUCUCCAUAUUCCAUGCCUCUGAUGCAGCGACUGCCCUAGUGGACAAGGUUUGCAAACAAACUUCAAGUUAUCCAUUCUGCGUGCGCUCUCUCUACUCCGACUCGCGAACCCCAGAAGCUGAUGAGUACACGCUGGCUUACAUUUCAGUUGGGGUAGCUUACAACAACGCUACCUCCACCCAACAUUACAUAUCCGAUCAGCUCAGGUUAAUCAAGGUCAAUGGCUCUAGCCACCACGAUCAGCAGCAGCGUCUCCAAAUGUGUAGCCGCGGUUACCAAAGGGCUGUUUCAGCUCUGGCAAUGGCCCACAAUGACCUGGACUCCGAGACCUUCUUCGAAUUGGCUAGGCUGGCAGCCAAAGCCUCUAGCGGUGCUAAUGAUUGCAAGGCUGCUUUCAAGGGAAUUCCUUCACCAACAGCACUAGCCAAAGGGAACCAAGACUUGGUGUAUCUUUGUGAAAUUUGUGGUGUUGUUGCUAAAUUAUUUACUAGAAUGUGAUUCGUAUUCUGUCA